AUGCUGGGGAUACAGACAUUUCUGCUCACUUUACUGGCAUUUUCUCUGAUUUUGUACUUUCUGAAGCCACCCAGGUCCCACAGAUCAUAUCCUCCAGGGCCCCUUCGGCUUCCAGUCAUUGGAGGCGUUUGGCGAGUAGUGCUGAAGUUUUCUGAUGAUACUUUAAGUAAGAUGGCAAAACAAUAUGGAAACAUUUACACACUGUGGAUGGGACCUAUUCCUUUUGUCGUCCUGUGUGGAUAUGAAGCUGUGAAAGAAGCACUGAUAAACCAUUCAUCAGACUUUUCUGACCGACUAGUGACCCCUUUUAUCAAAAAAAUUUCAAAAGAUCGGGGUAUUGUAUUUUCAACUGGUCACACCUGGAAGCAACAGAGGAAGUUUGGGGCAGUGGCCAUGCAAAAUCUGGGACUGGGGAAGAGAGGCACGGAGCACCAAAUUCAAGAGGAGGCCUAUCAGCUUGUUGAGACUUUCGCAAGUACAAAGGGGCAGCCAUUUGAUCCUUCAAUACCCCUCAUUAAUUCUGUCAGCAACGUGCUCUGCGCUACGGCUUUUGGACGCAGGUUUUCACCUGAAGAUCAAGAGUUCCUCAAGUUGGUAGCAGCCAUCAAGUAUUUUGAAGAAUUUAUAGGAAGCCUUUGUUAUGGUCUGUAUGAAAUUUUACCGUGGUUUAUGGAAUGGCUCCCGGGGCCUCACAAGAAAGCCUUAGCAUGCCAUAAGGUUGUGCUCUCAUUUGCAAAGAAAGAAAUCGAAAGGCAUAAGGAGCAUCAGGCCAUGCAUCAGCCACAAGAUUUAAUUGAUUUCUAUCUGCUUCAGAUGGAGAAAAGCAAGUGUGACCCCAACUCCACAUACAAUGAAGAGAACCUGGCUGAGGCCAUAGUUGACCUUUUUGUGGCUGGAACAGAAACGACAUCAUUGACAUUGCGAUGGGCACUGCUCUUCAUGGCAAAUCACCCAGACAUCCAAGAGAAAAUCCACCAGGAAAUGGAAGAUGUUUUGGGUUCCUCUCAGUCAUUCAGCUAUCAAGAUCGAAAGAGCCUGCCUUACACAAAUGCUGUGAUUCAUGAGAUACAACGGCUAAAAUAUAUCUUAAUAUUUGGGCUCCCCAGAAUAUGUGUAAAAGACGUGAACUUACUCGGUUUCCCCAUUGCUAAGGGUACCAAUGUUAUAACAGAUCUCUGCUCUGUUCUUCUUGAUCCUACGCAAUGGGAGAAACCUCGGGAGUUCUACCCAAAUCAUUUUUUGGACAAGGAUGGAAAUUUUGUGGAAAGAGAAGCAUUUCUUCCAUUUGGUGCAGGAAGCCGUGUGUGCCUGGGAGAGCAGCUGGCAAGAACUGAGCUCUUCAUCUUCUUCAUCAGCCUGAUGAGGACAUUCACUUUCCAGCUUCCAGAAGGUAUAAAAGAACUCAGCAAAGAAGGCAUCAUAGGGGCAACAUUAACACCCAAACCUUAUAAGCUCUGUGCUGUUCACCACCUGACCUAA